CGCUGGUGUUGUUGUGUUUCUCGUCGGUCUGAUUUGAGCGGCGCACUGCUGGAGACGCGCGUCCGGAUGAAUUUAUUUCGGCUUUUUAAAUGAAAUAUUAACCUUUAUUAAUGUGAUCAGUGUUAUUAAAGUCAUUAAUUUAAUCAUAUGUGAAUGUGCUGAGGAUGGAGAGCGAUAUACUUGACGUCCUGGAUCAGGUCGGGUAUGACGGGCCGCUGGCGGAGGAGGCGUGUCUGCGGGCGGCGUGUGGGCGGGGCUUCAGCUCAUCUGAAUAUGUCAGUCUGGUGAGGUGGCUCUCAUCCAGACUCACGCGCAUCACUGAUGAACACACACAGGAGCCGCUCAUCACAGAAGAUCCUGACAGAUGUGUGCUGGACACUGGCAGACUGCUGAAGGACUUGUGCUGUCCGUAUGAAGGACUGGCGUCACGAUUAGCAGUCGGAGACGUGAAGGACAGCGAGGAGCAUCUGAAGAUCCUCUUGUUCUUGGCGUCGGAGCUUCAAGCUGCGGAGAUCGUGGCCAGGAAACCGGCGACUGAUGCGGACACAGAGGAGUUGGACACGUCUCUCCAGGAUCUCAGAGUUAUUUGUGAAACGCUGGAGCUGCCAGAUCCAGCCGGACGAGACACCAGAGACGCGUUUACUGCUGUUGAGCAGCAGGUGAAUGUUUUACUCAAGCAGCUUCCAGAAACGCAUGUCGAAGCUCCUGCGUUCAAGAGCUCCCUCCAUCCGGACCAGUGGAGAGAUCUGGAGAAGAUCAACGGCGUUCUGUCGGCGGAGUACGAGUGUCGGCGGCGUAUGCUGAUCAAACGCCUGGAUGUGACCAUACAGUCCUUCAGCUGGUCCGACAGAGCCAAGGUGAAAAUUGACAGGAUGGCCAGAGCGUAUCAGCCGAAGCGAUAUUCUCUGUCUCUGCGGUCCUCGGUGAGUGUGGCUCAUCUGCUCGCCGCGCGACAGGACAUCUGCUAUAUGGUGAAGACCAGCAGCGGCUCGUGCCGAGAGAAAACCAGCUGUGCAAUAAACAGAAUCCUGAUGGGACGGGUUCCUGACCGCGGCGGACGGCCGUCUGAGAUUGAAGCUCCUCUGCCGGAGAUGCCCGCGUGGCAGAAGAGAGCUGAAGGAGGAGGCCGAGGAGGAGGAGCGGGAUACAGCGGGAAUCGGGGUGCGGGCGGCUGGCGCUCCGGAGGAGACGGAUGGAGAGCAGGCCGAUGGGGUAGAGGAGGCCGAGGAGGGCAGUACUAUCACUGACAGAGUCAUGGUGGACGGUUCGUGGGGAGACUGUCAUUUCCUUUCGGGGAAAUUCAUUUUAAAUGAGCCUGUAGUAGUUUGUUUCAUUUAGCUUUUUAACUUCUACAAGACCAGCC